AUGCACCUCAAAGUACCGAGAGACCUGCGACACACAGACUGGGGAUAUUACCAUUUGCGCCUCUUGAAACUCUCCAUUGCCUACCAUUUACCGUAUAACUCUCCCCGUCCACUGGUGUCUGUCCCAUUUCCUGGCUCUAAGCGCCCUUGCUUUCCCUUCACAGCAACCCAGAAGGGAAUGCAUUCGGAGCUGUACGGCAUUCUCGUAUCUCGGCUAUGCAUCCUCCUCCAUUCCAGGGAUGCAUUCACACCUCCCGUCAAUUCGAAGAAUAUUAUUCAUUUUGCAAUAAUUGCACCUUCAAUCAAUUGUCAUACCGUUUUCCCCGCACGACUCUUCCCUCUAGUACGAAAUGGAGAGAUAGAGCAACCCCUGCAUGGAACGGAUCUGUUUCAUGUUCAACGUAGACUUCGUGCAUCCCGGGACCGAACGAUGUAUCCUUGCGAUUUCCAUGCGAGUGGUGCGCUUCGACUAGCAUGUGGACUGCGAGUCGGCACAAUGCUCUGUGCACAUGUCAAUGAAGACGAAUUUUUCCUUGGAACAUUACGGGGUCGGCGGCUCGAUUACGAGUAA